ACGGUAGGCGGUGGACGGGAGAGCUGGCGCAGCUGCUGUGGUGGCCGCGGCUGAAGUGGCGGCGCCUGCUGUGGCUGCAACAGCUCCAGGCUCGGGGCUUUGGUGGCGGCGGCGCCCGCGGGCUGGGCUGCGCGGUGCGGACCCCGGCGCGCGGUCCGGGUUGCUCGGGCGGCGCGUAAGAUGCCUCUGAUGGAGGAGUUUCUGAGAAGCACCUCUGAGCCAGUGGCUUUGAAAGGGAGCUCAAAGCAGAGACUAUUUAAAGCUCUGAACAUCGCAUCCUGAGGGCUGCAGGAGAGGAGAGCAUGGCCGUGAGUUUAGAUGAUGACGUUCCCCUCAUCCUGACCUUGGACGAGUGUGGCAGUGCCCCACUAGCUCCCUCCAACGGCCUGGGCCAAGAGGAGCUGCCUAGCAGAAAUGGAGGCACCUAUGCCAUCCACGACUCCCGGACCCCCAGUCUAGGCUCAGGGGGUGAGAGUCCCACCGGUCACAACUGGGAGAUCAAUUAUCAAGAGGCAGCAAUCUACCUCCAGGAAGGCGAGAAUAAUGACAAGUUCUUCACCCACCCCAAGAACGCCAAAGCGCUGGCGGCCUACCUCUUCGCACACAACCACCUCUUCUACCUGAUGGAGCUGUCCACAGCCCUGCUCUUGCUGCUGCUCUCCCUGUGUGAGGCCCCCGCCGUCCCCGCGCUCCGGCUCGGCAUUUACGUCCAUGCGACCCUGGAGCUGUUCGCCCUGAUGGUGGUUGUGUUUGAACUCUGCAUGAAGUUGCGAUGGCUGGGCCUCCAUACCUUCAUCCGGCACAAACGGACCAUGGUCAAGACCUCCGUGCUGGUGGUGCAGUUCAUCGAGGCCAUUGUGGUGCUGGUACGGCAGACAUCCCACGUGCGUGUGACCCGGGCGCUGCGCUGCAUUUUCCUGGUGGACUGUCGGUACUGCGGGGGCGUCCGGCGCAACCUGCGGCAGAUCUUCCAGUCUCUGCCGCCCUUCAUGGACAUCCUCCUGCUGCUGCUGUUCUUCAUGGUCAUUUUUGCCAUCCUCGGUUUCUACUUGUUCUCCCCUAAUCCUUCAGACCCCUACUUCAGCACGCUGGAGAACAGCAUCGUCAGUCUGUUUGUCCUUCUGACCACAGCCAAUUUCCCAGAUGUGAUGAUGCCCUCCUACUCCCGGAACCCCUGGUCCUGUGUCUUCUUCAUCGUCUACCUCUCCAUUGAGCUGUACUUCAUCAUGAACCUGCUUCUGGCCGUGGUGUUUGACACCUUCAAUGACAUUGAGAAACGCAAGUUCAAGUCUCUGCUGCUGCAUAAGCGAACUGCCAUCCAGCAUGCCUACCGCCUGCUCAUCAGCCAACGGAGACCCACCGGCAUCUCCUACAGGCAGUUUGAAGGCCUGAUGCGCUUCUACAGGCCCCGGAUGAGUGCCAGGGAGCGUUAUCUGACUUAUAAGGCCCUGAAUCAGAGCAACACACCUCUGCUCAGCCUGAAGGACUUUUAUGAUAUCUACGAAGUCGCUGCCUUGAAGUGGAAGGCCAAGAGAAAUAGAGAACACUGGUUUGAUGAGCUUCCCAGAACAGCAUUCCUCAUCUUCAAAGGAAUUAAUAUCCUUGUGAAGUCCAAGGCCUUCCAGUAUUUCAUGUACUUGGUGGUGGCAGUCAACGGGGUCUGGAUCCUUGUGGAGACCUUCAUGCUGAAAGGCGGGAACUUCUUCUCCAAGCACGUGCCCUGGAGUUACGUCGUCUUUCUGACUAUCUACGGGGUGGAGCUGUUCCUGAAGGUUGCUGGCCUUGGCCCCGUGGAAUACCUGUCCUCUGGGUGGAAUCUGUUCGACUUCUCGGUCACGGUGUUCGCCUUCCUGGGACUCCUGGCUCUGGCCUUCAACAUGGAGCCCUUUUAUUUCAUAGUGGUCCUGCGUCCCCUCCAGCUGCUGAGGUUGUUUAAGUUGAAAAAGCGCUACCGCAACGUGCUGGAUACCAUGUUUGAGCUGCUGCCCCGGAUGGCCAGCCUGGGCCUCACCCUGCUCAUCUUUUACUACUCCUUCGCCAUCGUGGGCAUGGAAUUCUUCUGUGGGAUCCUCUACCCCAACUGCUGCAAUACCAGCACCGUGGCUGACGCCUACCGCUGGCUCAGUCGCACCGUGGGCAAUAAGACCGUUGUGGAUGAAGGCUACUACUAUCUCAAUAACUUUGACAACAUCCUGAACAGCUUCGUGACCUUGUUCGAGCUUACAGUUGUCAACAACUGGUACAUCAUUAUGGAAGGUGUCACCUCUCAGACCUCACACUGGAGCCGCCUCUACUUCAUGACUUUUUACAUCGUGACCAUGGUGGUGAUGACCAUCAUUGUUGCCUUCAUCCUCGAGGCCUUCGUCUUCCGAAUGAACUACAGCCGCAAGAACCAGGACUCGGAAGUUGAUGGUGGCAUCACCCUCGAGAAGGAAAUCUCCAAAGAUGAGCUGGUUGCUGUCCUGGAGCUCUACCGGGAGGUGCGAGGAGCCACCUCGGACAUCGCCCGGCUGCUCAAGGUCCUCUCCCAGAUGGAGAGACAUGAGCAAAACACCGUGGUGUUUCUGGGACGCAGAUCAAGGACCAAAAGUGACCUGAGCCUAAAGAUGUACCAAGAAGAGAUUCAGGAGUGGUACGAGGAGCACGCCCGGGAGCAGGAGGAGCGGCAGGGACAGCUCAUCGGCAGCGGCCAGGUCCCCGCCACCCGGCAGCCCCCAGGCGGCCGCCAGCGCUCCCAGACCGUCACCUAGCCCCAGCACGACAGCCAUCUCUUCUAUGCAAUAACACGAGUAUUAUUUUACUACAACGUAU